GUUUUAAAUACUUUAUUUUAAAAUAUUUUUUUUAAUUCAGAAACUAGUAUAUAAGGGGAAGAAAGGAAAGAAGAGCAACAUGCUUGAAGUUUCUCUACUUUCAUAAGUCCUUAAAAGAAAAAUCAUUUCCAAUUCAUAAAAUUUGAAGCCAUGGCUGCAUCUUUCUCUGUCCCCUCUAUGAUCAUGGAAGAGGAAGGGAGAUUCGAGGGGGAAGUUGCGGAAGUGCAGACUUGGUGGAGCUCAGAGAGGUUCAAGCUAACAAGGCGUCCUUACACGGCCCGUGACGUGGUGGCUCUACGUGGCCAUCUCAAGCAAGGUUAUGCUUCGAACGAGAUGGCUAAGAAGCUGUGGAGAACGCUCAAGAGUCACCAAGCCAACGGCACGGCGUCUCGCACGUUUGGUGCCUUGGACCCUGUUCAGGUGACAAUGAUGGCUAAACAUUUGGACACCAUUUAUGUCUCUGGUUGGCAGUGCUCGUCUACUCACACCUCCACUAACGAGCCUGGUCCGGAUCUUGCUGACUAUCCAUACGAUACCGUUCCUAACAAAGUCGAACAUCUCUUCUUCGCUCAGCAGUACCAUGACAGAAAACAGAGGGAGGCGAGAAUGAGCAUGAGCAGAGAAGAAAGAGCAAAAACUCCGUUUGUGGACUACUUGAAGCCCAUCAUCGCCGACGGAGACACCGGUUUCGGUGGCACUACCGCCACCGUCAAACUCUGUAAGCUCUUCGUCGAGAGAGGCGCAGCUGGGGUCCACAUCGAGGACCAGUCGUCCGUCACCAAGAAGUGUGGCCACAUGGCCGGAAAAGUCCUCGUGGCGGUAAGUGAACACAUUAACCGCCUUGUCGCGGCUCGGCUCCAGUUCGAUGUGAUGGGCACAGAGACCGUUCUGGUCGCUAGAACGGAUGCGGUGGCGGCUACUUUGAUCCAGUCGAACAUUGACUCGAGGGACCAUCAGUUCAUCCUCGGUGUCACUAACCCGAGCCUUAGAGGCAAGAGUUUGUCCUCGCUUCUGGCCGAGGGAAUGGCUGUAGGCAAGAACGGUCCAGCGUUGCAAGCGAUUGAGGAUCAAUGGCUUAGCUCAGCUCGUCUCAUGACUUUCUCGGACGCUGUCGUGGAGGCUCUCAAGCGCAUGAACCUAAGUGAGAAUGAGAAGAGCCGGAGAGUGAACGAGUGGCUAAACCAUGCAAGGUACGAGAACUGCCUGUCAAACGAGCAAGGCCGAGAAUUAGCAGCAAAACUCGGUGUGACUGAUCUUUUCUGGGACUGGGACUUGCCCAGAACCAGAGAAGGAUUCUACCGGUUCCAAGGCUCGGUCACAGCAGCCGUGGUCCGUGGCUGGGCCUUUGCACAGAUAGCUGAUCUCAUCUGGAUGGAAACCGCAAGCCCUGACCUCAACGAAUGCACCCAAUUCGCAGAAGGAGUCAAGUCCAAGACACCAGAGGUAAUGCUCGCCUACAACCUCUCCCCAUCCUUCAACUGGGACGCUUCUGGUAUGACGGAUCAGCAGAUGAUGGAGUUCAUUCCACGAAUCGCCAGGCUCGGUUAUUGCUGGCAGUUUAUAACCCUUGCGGGUUUCCAUGCGGAUGCUCUUGUGGUCGAUACGUUUGCAAAGGAUUACGCGAGGAGAGGGAUGCUGGCUUAUGUCGAGAGGAUACAGAGAGAAGAGAGGAGCAAUGGGGUUGACACAUUGGCUCAUCAGAAAUGGUCAGGUGCUAAUUACUAUGAUCGUUAUCUUAAGACCGUCCAAGGUGGAAUCUCCUCCACUGCAGCCAUGGGCAAAGGUGUUACUGAGGAACAAUUCAAAGAGACCUGGACGAGGCCGGGAGCUGCUGGAAUGGGCGAAGGGACUAGCCUUGUGGUGGCCAAGUCCAGAAUGUAAGACAGACGUUCAUUGCGGCGGAGCGGCCAAGGCGGUUCGGCAUCUUCGCAGAAAAACUUGGAAACCACCUUAUCUUUAUUAUAUCUUUACUCGAGUAAAAGAAAAAGACAUAAUACUUGUAUCUACGUUAUUGUGUUCGCUUUCUUCUGCGUAAUAAUUGGGUUGAAAAGUUUGGGGCAAUAUUUACGGGGUUUGCUUCUUUGUAUGGAUAUUUGGAAUUUGGUGUUUUUGGCUUUCAUUAUAAAAUGAUUUCAUAUUAUUAUA